AUGGCAAAGAAGGACAAGGGCCCAAAGGUCUCCACUGUUACGACGAAGGAAGGUGAGACUUUGAAGGUGUUCGAGGACUUGAACGACUUCGAGACUUUCAUCAAACAGGAGACUGAGGAUGACAGCUUUGACAACCUGCAUUGCCAGCUGAGGUACUAUCCGCCAUUCGUGCUGCAGGAGGCACACAACGAUCCGGAGAAGAUCGCGAACACUGCGAACUGCCACUCGAAGAAGUUUGUGCGUCAUCUGCACCAGCACGUCGAAAAGCACUUGUUGAAGGACAUCAAGGCAGCUGUCAACUUGCGGGACUUGAAGUUCCGUAACAAGUCCAAGGACGAGAGUUUCGAGCGCAUCGUGUGGCACUACGGGGAGGACACCGAGUAUCAUGAGAAGAAGUUCCACAUCGAAGUUGGAGUCACCUGCAAUCACGAUAACGCGAUGGUGGACGUCGACUACAAGACCGUCCCUCUUAGAUAG